AUGUUGCGUUAUAGCGUUGCAAGGAUUUGCGUCGAGGGAUACAACACUUUGCUACAUGGCCAUGAUGUCCAUCUUGGUUUGAGAGAACUUUUCUCUUCAUGUGGAGAGGUGAUUCAUGUCUAUUUCCCCGGAUACGGUCUCAAAACCAAUGGUGCUCUCAACAUUCUCAACAGAUUUGCCUUGGUUUAUAUUCGGGGAAAACGUGCAGAGAAGAAGGCGUUGAAACUCAGUGGAGUUCGCAUGGCAGGAGUAGGACACAUGGGACCACUCAGGAUAGUCGUUAAGCCUUACCCGUUUCAGGCCAAAUACCUUGACCAUAUUAUUGCUGCUACAAGAGACGCAGACAAUAUGCGACAGCGCGAGAUGGUAGUUAUGGGAUUUGACACUUCCCUUCCCAAGGAAGUUGUCGAGACCACGCUGCGUGAACAUUUCUCUAAAUGUGGACGUGUCGUGUACAGCCGUGCUCGUUACGAAGACCAAGACGAAGAAAGCAAAACUCUUGCCCCCAAAGCUCUCGUUUGUCUUCUUGGAGAAGACGCAGUAGAGAAGGCGAUGCAACUUGGUGGAUGCGAUGUGACUGGAUUCAAGAAUAUUCACGUUUAUCUGGUUGUCGGGCCACAAAUAAGAGAUGCAGGUGUUGGGAUGGAUAUGAGGCGCUUUGAAGUUGCUGGAAUUUUGAAUGUUGGCCGAUGUAAGGGUCUCGUUUCCGCCAUGACCACCAAGCGCGCCUACAAGCUCCAGGAAUUUGUGGCACAUUCUGCUGCUGUAAACUGUCUUAAGAUCGGGAGGAAGUCGUCGAGGAAGCUCGUUACAGGCGGGGAAGAUCACACGGUCAAUCUAUGGGCUAUUGGUAAGCCCAACGCCAUUCAGAGCUUGUAUGGGCACACGAGCGGGAUUGACUCAGUAACGUUUGAUGAUUCGGAAAGUUUAGUAGCAGCAGGAGCUGCUAGUGGCACGAUUAAACUCUGGGAUCUAGAGGAGGCAAAGAUUGUGAGGACUCUCACUGGUCACAGGUCGAAUUGCAUAUCAGUGAAUUUUCACCCGUUUGGUGAGUUUUUUGCGUCUGGUUCUCGCGACACAAAUCUUAAGAUAUGGGAUAUCAGAAAGAAGGGCUGUAUCCAUACUUACAAGGGUCACACUCGAGGGGUCAAUGUUCUCAGAUUCACCCCAGAUGGUCGUUGGCUUGUAUCUGGAGGAGAAGACAAUCUUGUCAAGGUGUGGGAUUUGACAGCUGGUAAACUGCUGCAUGAGUUGAAGAGUCAUGAAGGGCAAAUUCAGAGUCUGGAUUUUCAUCCCCAUGAAUUUCUGCUGGCAACAGGUUCAGCUGAUAAGACUGUAAAAUUCUGGGACCUUGAAACAUUUGAGCUUAUUGGUUCUGGUGGAACCGAGACUACUGGGGUCCGUUGCCUAACCUUCAAUCCAGACGGAAAGAGUGUGCUUUGUGGAUUGCAUGAAAGUCUCAAGAUUUUCUCAUGGGAGCCAAUAAGGUGUCAUGAUGGAGUGGAUGUUGGAUGGUCAAACUUGUCGGAUAUGAAUGUUCACGAGGGAAAGCUUCUUGGUUGUUCACACAAUCAAAAUUGUGUAGGCGUAUGGGUUGUAGACCUCUCGCGCACUGAGCCUAUGAGUGGAGGCGCCACUCAGUCAAAUUUUCAUCCAGAGAAGACAUCGGGCUCAGGCAGAGAUCCAGCAGUGCUCAACGGUAACAGCUCAAAGGUUAUUCUCGGAAAGUUGCCUGGUUCCCAGAAAGUGGAUCCUUUAUUGAAGGAAACAAAGUCUCUUGGAAGAUUAUCAGUUUCUCAAAACUCGGAUCCUUUGCCAAAGGAAACAAAGUCUACUGGAAGGUCAUCAGUAUCUCAAAGUUCAGAUCCUUUGGUAAAGGAACCAAAGCCUCUGGAAAGGUCGUCAGUUGCUCCUAGCUCAGACGCAGUUAAGGAGUCAAGAAGAACCUUUUCAUCCACAGGAAGUGUAUCAGACUCUCCUCAUAGGGUCACUUUAACCAGUGCUCGAAAAGUUGCUUCUGAUGUUCCUACGGUUGUCCCUACUGCUGCCGCCUCAAAGAGGAUUUUUGCAAAAUCUAACACAAAGGCAAAUCCUCCAGUAGUAACGGACCCAAUAGUUGAGCAGGCAGGUGAAUCCAGAUCAGAACUUGACAUUAUUGGAAGAACUAUGCCAUAUUCGUUGCAGUCAAAGGCGGCUGAUUCUCGAAGGCUGACGAGCAGGAGAAAUGAGUCAGAUCUACCAACCGGUUCGCUUCUUGAAAGGUCUCGAUCUCAGCCUAUAGAACCAAACGAUUUACAAGAUGGAAAUGCUCAUCUUAGUGACGAAGGUGGCACAUGGGAUACAGCUGAGAGAAAAAAUAAUGAUAACAGAGACAAGGUAUUUGGAAGGUUUAAUUCAAGAUCACUGGUGAGAUCACCUCCAAGAAAUCAAGACGAAAACUCGGACGUGAUUAGCUACAAUGCAAAUAGAGAUCCAAGUCCUACUGAAAGUAUAAGAAGAGGAAGACUGCAUUCUCUCGUUCUAAAUAGGGAAAGAAGAGGAAGAUUUUCCAACUUUGAGGGUCCUGUUUCGAGUUCUUCUGGUGGAAAUAUGACUUCACCAAACAUUCGCCCUUCCAAUAUGCUCAAGCAGAGAGGAAACCAUGAGCCAGUUGAUCAAGGAACGACCUCUGCUAGUGAAGAAGAUAUAGUUGCAGACAUAAUGGGGCAACACGAUCAAUUUUUCAGCUCUAUGCAUUCUCGUUUGGCUAAGUUACAGGUAGUCCGUAGAUAUUGGGAAAGAAAUGAUAUCAAAAACUCGAUAAGUUCGAUAGAGAAGAUGGCUGAUAAUGCUGUCGUUGCGGAUGUACUAGUUAUAGUAACAGAGAGAGCUGAGAUUUUGACACUGGACACUUGUACCUCUCUCCUUCCCCUUUUGUCAGCUCUUCUAGGGAGCAACAUGGAUAGACAUUUGAGUGUCUGCCUGGAUUUGCUGCUGAAGCUGGUAAGAAUGUAUGGGUCACAAAUAUACUCGUCGCUGUCCGCUCCAUCAUCUGCUGGUGUAGAUAUUGAGGCUGAGCAAAGGAUGGAGCGGUACAGUCGUUGCUUUGUUGAGCUCGAGAAAAUCAAGGCUUGCCUUCCUUCUCUAGCCAGAAGAGGAGGAUUGGUGGCGAAGACUAUCCAUGAACUCAACUUAAUAUUCCAAGAAGUCUCAUCGUGA